GCUGGUUGCAACUGUCCUGAAGUCCUGCAGAGGGCAGCAUUGCGCCUGCGUAGCUCCACCUGUGAGAUUGUCAAUGCGGUGAAGAAGAAGCAGCAAAACAAAGAAUGCCUUUCCAUUUCUGCCCCCAGUGUGGGACGAAGUUACAGCCUGAAUUCAGAUUCUGUCCUUCAUGUGGGGAGAAACUUCCCGGUCCUGAAAGUCCAUUUCAAUCUGAAUCUGUGAACUCAAGUUUCUCCUCGCCUCUUAGAAAUGCAGCAGCAACAUCUGUAGUUAAUCCAAGCCCCACUCCAAGCACGAGCUGUGAACUCAGUACAGCCCAGGGAUUUGACACUUUAAGUUCGUUAACACCACGUCCUGCACUGCGAAGGACUCGCAACACCUUUUGCCUGGACAAAGAAGGUAAAGAAGGAACAGUGAGGAGUGACAGGAAAGCGGAGGGAGAGAGAGAGAAGAAGACAUGCGAUAAUGACGCUGGGUUGCAGGAAUCUCCACCAAAGAAGAACACGGUCACCUUUAAACUCGACACUGGGGCGCAGCCAAUCGUAGAGUCUCCUGUUGCAAAAUCUCCUCGAUCUGUGCGAAGGAAAGGGAAACUCUGCAGUCCUUUGAAAAAGCAGGAAGAAGAAGAAAAGAAGCUGUCUGCAAAAACAGGCUUGAUAGAGGGGAAAUCAGCAGUAGAUGGAGCUUCACCUGUUUCCUCACCAAACUCCAAGUCUCCUGCAAAAGCAACUGGAAAAAAUAAAGGCAGGAAGGCAAAGCAUGCAUCCUCUGUGGAACCGCUGCCUGAAGGUGAGGAGGUGACCGACACGACCGGCAAGAAGUGGAAGCUGAUCAGGCAGCUCAGUCAGAGCGCAACCGAGCUGCUCUACGAAGUUUCUCGGCCAAGCUCAAAGGAGUUGAAUCACACCCUCAAACUGGGAGCUAAAGAUGGAAGAAUCUUCAAUGAACAGAACUUUCUGCAGAGAGCUGCUAAACCGGCAUCUGUGGAAAAGUGGGUCAAGCAAAACAAGCUGGAUUUCCUGGGGAUUCCUUCCUGUGUUGGCUUUGGUCUCCAUACAGACUCGUACAGGUUUCUAAUUUUUCCCAGCAUUGGCGAGUCGCUCCAGUCCAUCAUCGAGAAAGAAAAUCAGCCUCUUUCUGAGGAAGUUGUUCUUCAGCUGGCCUAUAGAAUAUUAGAUGUGCUGCACUACAUCCAUUCAAACGAAUACGUUCAUGCAGAUAUCAGUGCCGAGAACGUGUACAUAAAACAAGGACAGAGGUCACAGGUGUACCUUGUAGGAUACUGCCAUGCCUUCAGGUACGGUCCAGGAGGAAAGCAUGUGGAGUACCGUGAAGCCAGCCGAACGCCACACGAGGGCACCGUCCAGUUCAUCAGCCUGGAUGCGCAUAAAGGAGCAGCUCCAUCUCGCCGCAGCGACCUGCAGUCUUUGGGUUACUGCAUGCUGCACUGGCACACUGGAUUGCUGCCGUGGACCGAGCUCACUCAACCACAGCAGAUAGCCACCGAGAAACAGAGGUACAUGGAGGAUGUUCCUGCACUUCUGAGCCAGUGCUUUGGGAGGAGGAGUGUUUCCAGAGCAUUUCAAACGUACCUGACUGCAGUGAUGGCUCUGCAGUACUCCGAGCAGCCCGAUUACUCAGCGCUGAAGGCUGUACUUAGCGACGCUUUAGUGCAGCUGGGGGCAUCGGUGGAGGAGCCCCUCAAUUUAUAGAGAGAUCGCACAAAAGAGACGACACUGGAAGAUCCUGGAGUUUUCUUAUUUUAAAGUCGUGUUUAAAAGCUGAUGCUU